AUGCCGCAGAUCACACCGCGACUUCACCUCCGCACCUUCAAGCUGCGUAUGAUGGACGACAUCAUUACCGCCAACAUUGUCUCCGACUCCCACGAGCUGGCCCUACUCACCUCCCCUUGCCUUUACAGUGUUUGGUUGGUGUUGGACGCUCCGGAUCUGUCCGCCUACUGGUGGACAGAGUAUCUUCGCAAAAUUUUGGAUGUUUUCUGUCAAAUGAUGGAAGGCCGGUUGCUUGCCUCCAACCUGGGCGAGAUUGGCGGCACGCGGAACUACUCUCAGUUUCCGGGUACACGUACCGACGACAUCCUUCUCGCAAUUGUGAGAAAUGCAGCCAUGAAAAAGACCCUUCGUCCGGAAACGCUCAACAUGGAUUGCGCAUAUAUCGACAACAUUAUGACGAUAGAUCCAGCUCUUGAUCUUAGUAUGCUCCGGACUCUUCAUCUCUUGCAAGUGCAUUCUGUUUCAUUCAAGGAUGGGCUUUCAGCCGGAAGCUUUCCCCUACUGCGAGGCCUCUCAUUGCAGUUCGUGUACCGAGAUUCAUGGAGGGGGUAUGACAAGUUCAAAAAGUUCAUAAGGGGGUUCAGAAACCUUGAAAGUCUCCGGGAGCUGGGAUGGGAUUGGUCUGUGGCCUCCUUUUCAGACUGGUCUGGAGAAAUAGCCCCUUAUCACAAAAUUCGAAGCCUGUAUUUUCAAGGCCCAGUGAUGAUGAUGGCUAGAUGGAAAGCUCGGUACAGUCCGAGUUGGAGAUCAGAUGUCUUGGGUAUCUGUACCCUGGGGUGGAGACGUUGUCUCUGCCUAUCCGCCGCUCAAACAAAGGGCGACAGACAUGAGGCCCUUUUAUACCAGAUAAUAGGCAAGAGUUUUCCAAAGCUUAAGCAUUUGGCGCUCACCCUCGAGGCACUUGCGGAAAUUUUCAUAGGCCGCCAUCGCGGAUCCUGA